CAACAGGUAGCAGGUCCAAGAAGGAUGCUGAAGAGAAUGCCAGUGAUGAUGAAACAGACAGUCACAGCAUAGCUAGUCAUGCAUCUGACAAGAGCUUCAUGUCUGUGCCUCCAGAAGAUGCUGAGGGAGAAGAAGAUGGAGCAGCAGAGACAGGAGGGGAUGGGGAAGGCCCAGACCCACAAAUGGAAGUAUUUGAAGAGCGUCUUAAAGAAGCCAUUGAUGGAAUGACCCAGAAAUCGUCAAAGGGAAGAGUUGACAGUCUUGUGGCCAUUAUGCAGGCUCUUCGAGCCAAGCUUAUCCCAGACUUCAUCUUUGAAAGACACAUGACGUUGUGUGAUGGAGUAGAGCGGGGUUUGAAGAAAGGUAAGGGUCCAGAACAAGGUGCAAGUGCAGAUCUUCUAGUCCUCAUCUUGAUCCAGUUGGGGCUGUGCCCCGAGGCUGAGAACAUAUUCAGAUCUAUCCAGCCUGUCCUCCUCACCCUAAUGGCUGAUUCUUCUGCUUCCCUAUUGGCAAGGGCCAAGGUGUGCACUGCUUUGGGAUUGGUGACAUUCCUUGCAGCAGAGGAAAAAGAUGAAACUCAAGCAUCAAUUACAACUCUGGCAAAGGUUUUCAGUCAGGCAUUUCUGAAAGGGGAUGGAAUGCCACCUGCAGUGACAUCAGAGCAAGGAGCAUUGUAUGCCUCUGCACUUUCUGCAUGGGCACUCCUAAUCACACUCUUGCCAGCAACUGCAGUCUUUGCCCUUCUUGACUUGCAUCUCCCAGAGUUACUGGCGUGCCCUGAACUUGAAGUACGAGUAACUUGUGGAGAAACACUGGCCUUGUGUUAUGAAAUUCUGCGUGAAAAUGAUGAAGAGUUUGAACUAGAAUGUCACAGUGCCUUAUGCUCAACUUUGAAGGAGUUAGCCACGGAUUCAAGCAAAUUCCGUGCCAAGAAAGAACGCAAGCAACAGCGUUCUUCCUUUAGAGAGAUCUUGCGGACCAUCCAGGAAAGAGAGAGCCCCUGCAUCCGAGUGAGAUUUGGCCGAGAAGUUCUGGAACUUGACUCAUGGAGGAGAAGGUUGCAAUACGAUAACUUAUGCACUCUUCUUGGGUCAGGAAUGAAUCUUCAUCUGAGUCAGAAUGAGCUUGUUCGAGAUAUCUUCAACCUUGGUGCCCCUCUUCCCACCAAUAACCUUCAUGCAGCCCAUAAAGUCACCAAACUGGAAAGACAUCUUGUGCAUUUGGCUGCAUUCAAGGCAAGAACUGUGUCCAGGAGCAAAUUUCGAGACAAGAGGUCGGUUGUGCUUUGAAGAUGGCUCUCCUCUAGGUGCAGAUUCUUUGUAAUAUUAUGCAUCUUUCUAAGGAAUGAAUAAGAUCUAUUUCUUGGAA